ACAUCAAGAUAAGGAAAUGAGUUCAGGGAUCUAUCUUUAUUGUUUCAAAUGUAGGUUUCAAACAGUGAGGAUAUAAACAUGUGACCCUAGGUCACGCUUCUUAAAGUCAAUUAUCAAACGGACUUGAGCUGUCCGCUUCCUCACAAUCCUCUUGUAAUCUAAUUUUACCAAUUUGAGGAUAACCUCGGGAAGGUAUAAAACAACACCCAGGAGUGCCUAAGCUGCCUGUGUGGGUUGGCUUACACCACUGGUAACUACUGAGUGACCUCGCACACUCUUGGUGCUAUCCAUCGACUGAAGCUCCGGCAAACUAGACAACCCAAAGAUGGCUUGGGAUGGCGGAUUCGAGCCCAACGGCACAGAGGGCAAGAACUUCUACAUCCCCAUGUCCAACAGGACUGGGAUUGUUAGAAGUCCUUUUGAAUACCCGCAGUAUUACAUGGUAGACCCGAUGAUCUACAAACUUCUAGCUUUCUACAUGUUUUUCCUGAUCUGCACUGGAACUCCCAUCAACGGCCUGACGCUGUUCGUCACCGCUCAGAACAAGAAACUCCGACAACCUCUCAACUACAUCCUGGUCAACCUGGCUGUGGCCGGACUCAUCAUGUGCUGCUUUGGAUUCACCAUCACCAUCACUUCCGCUUUUAAUGGCUACUUCAUUCUUGGACCCACUUUCUGUGCUAUUGAGGGAUUCAUGGCCACACUGGGAGGUGAAGUCGCUCUCUGGUCCCUGGUCGUCUUGGCUAUUGAGAGAUACAUUGUCGUCUGCAAACCCAUGGGAAGCUUUAAGUUCACUGGAACUCACGCAGCAGCUGGAGUCAUUUUCACAUGGAUCAUGGCUUUUGCAUGUGCCGGUCCCCCACUGUUUGGCUGGUCCAGGUACCUCCCUGAGGGCAUGCAGUGCUCCUGCGGACCUGACUACUACACCCUGGCCCCAGGCUACAACAACGAAUCAUAUGUCAUCUACAUGUUUGUCGUCCACUUCUUCAUUCCUGUAUUCCUCAUCUUCUUCACUUAUGGAAGCCUGGUGCUGACAGUCAAAGCUGCUGCAGCCCAGCAGCAGGACUCAGCCUCUACCCAGAAAGCUGAGAAGGAAGUCACACGCAUGUGCGUCCUGAUGGUCCUUGGCUUCCUGAUCGCCUGGACACCAUAUGCCACUUUCGCUGGCUGGAUCUUCUUGAACAAGGGAGCUGCCUUCACUGCCCUGACUGCAGCCAUCCCUGCCUUCUUUGCAAAGAGCUCAGCCUUGUACAACCCUGUGAUCUACGUGCUGAUGAACAAACAGUUCCGUAACUGCAUGCUGAGCACCAUUGGAAUGGGCGGCAUGGUGGAGGAUGAGACCUCAGUUUCCACAAGCAAGACAGAGGUGUCCUCUGUGUCUUAAUCAUGAUGACAUCCUCAAAUCUGUGGACAUUUUCCUUACUGAUUGCAUCCACUUUUUAAAAGAUCUCAUUGAAAAAAAGUCUUGGAACUUUUGCCAAAUGGAUUUAUGGAUAUGAUGAACGGACUCUGGAACAAACCCACCAAGGAAUUCUAUCUGAUCUGUUAAUAUGUACAAACUAACAAAUGUAAGGAGAUGCAUUUUCUGUGGAGGUUACCUUGUACAGAAUUUGUGUGCAUGUGUGCAAGAGCACGGAAGUGUGCAUGUGAGUGAGUGAGUGGAGUGUGAGUGAACUGUGACUCACUGUAGCUCACAGCAAGUGAUGACAGUCAAAACACCUCAGUUUUCAAGUCAAACUGUAAACCUACACUUUCUGCGGUAAUGAAUGUGUAACCACACACGGGGCGUUUUGAUGUACUUAUGGGGGAGCAUUUGUUUCACUGGUCUACCAGUGGCAUUAUUUUUAUGUAUUUUAUGAAAAAAAAACAAAAAAAGAUAGGAUGGAGUAGAUAAUAAAUGCAUGCAUGAAAAGAAAAA